AUGUCAAAUCCGGUCAACCACCAAGACAUCUCUCGCCUGAGCGACCUCCAGGUCUGUGGGCUCCGUUCCUGCAUUGGCGUCCUUCUCAUCGACCUUCAGUGCACUGCCAGGUUGCCUUCCUCAAGGAGGCGAAGUGAAAGGGCAAAGCAAGCAAAAUCUGAAAUUCCUUUCCUGGAGCUCGAUGUUUUCCAAGCGCGUGCUUUGGAGCGCCCACCAACCACCAAGGAAGUCUGUCAGCACUUCGGCAAAGAACGCUGCAAUGUGAAAGUCCUGAGCAGUCCGGCCACAUGGCCGGUCAACCAAGCCAAGGCACACGGUGGCCAUCAGCAGCAGGUGUGCGCAGCGGCGCGCAUGGCCCGAGCCGAACCAACUGGGCUCCGGUGCCACUGA